GCACUACGAUUCGUAACCUAUACUCGCUGUGGUUUCCCCCCGCCGAUCAAGUAAAGGAGGGACCGUGUACUUUGGUGUGCAACAGCACCACCAACGUGGUCUCCUGCGACCCCCCUCCUCCAUCCGACUCCCCUUGCGCCUGUGCGCUCUACAGCCCCACCAAUUACACUGGACUGUCCGUGGCUCUCUCAAAUCUCUCGGGCCCCAUCCCAGCGUCCAUUGGUGGCCUCCUCCAUCUCACCUACCUGAACCUUCAAGGAAACAACUUCAGUGGCCCCAUUCCCACUCAACUCUGCCAGCUCACCGCCUUGCAGUACAUGGAUCUGAGCAACAACAGCCUAGACGGCACCAUCCCCGCCUGCUUCGCUGCCCUCACCAACCUCCUAGUGCUGGACCUGCAUCACAACCAGCUGUCAGGACCCAUUCCACAAGAGCUCGGCAGCAUGCUCUCUCUGCAGACUCUGUUCCUCAAGCGCAACAGGCUCACUGGUGCCAUCCCAUCCAACAUUUCUCUCGCCCAAAACCUCACCAACCUCUGGGUGGACAACAACACCCUCAACGGCCACCUUCCUGGCCCCCUGGGGAACCUCGUGAAUCUCAUCUCGCUUGACCUCCUCCCUCCCCAGUCCCUUGCUCCAUACCAUAGGCACCUGUCGUUGACUUUCUGCCACACCUCUUCUAUCCUCCCUCCCAUCCAUCCAACCCCCCUAUCCAACCUGCAUUUGCCCGCCCACCAGCAUGCUCCCCGCAGGCAACAACUUCUGUCCGCCAGAGGGGCAGUGCUGCAGCAACAACCUCCCCAGCAACGCACCAGAGACCUUUUAUGCCCCGCCCAACAUGAGCUGCCCCGUCUGCUCCGCCUGCUCCUCCUUCUGCAGCUCCUGCCAGCCUCCCCCGCUGUCAACGGGGGCCAUAAUAGGAAUAGUGGUGGCGGGUGUGGUGUUUGUGGCCGCUGUGCUAGCAGCGCUCAUCUGGUGGCAGUGGAGGAAACGAUUCGUUGCCUCCAAGCUAGGGCGCCUUCGGAGUCGUGUACUGUGCCCAGGGACCCGGCGACCAGCCAGGGCGCCUUCGGUGUCGUGUACUGCGCACAGGGGCCUGCCGACCAGCUGUGGGCCAUCAAGCGCUCGCGCAUGAUCGCCAAGGAUGCCUCUGAGAGCACCGUCUUUGAAACCGAGGUCCGCACGGUAUCCCGCCUGAGCCACCGCAACCUGGUGCGCCUGCUAGGCUACUGCAGCGAGCGGGGGGAGCAGAUCCUGGUCUACGAGUUCGUACCCAACGGCCCUCUCAGCAACUACCUCUACGCCUCACACCAGGGCGCGUGCCUCGACUUCCAGCAGCGCCUCGAGGUCGCCAUAGGCGUGGCUGAAGGGCUGGCUUACCUGCACAGCUCCACCCAGCCGGCCAUGGUGCAUCGGGAUAUCAAGCCCGCGAAUAUUUUGUUAGAUGCGGGCUGGCAGGCGAAGAUAGCGGAUUUCGGGCUGGUGAAGGAUUUGGGGGAUGCCGGCGCGUCGGUGGCGACCAGGAUGGUGGGCACAAGGGGGUAUUUAGACCCCGAGUAUUUCAGCCGGGAUAAGGUUACCACCAAGGCUGAUGUGUACAGCUUCGGAGUGGUGCUCAUGGAGCUGGUGACAGGCCGCCCUGCCUCGUCUGUGGACCCCACCAGCGACAACCAUGCCACCAUCCACAUCUCCUCGUGGACCAUCCCAUACGUGGAGGAUGGGGACAUAGCGCCCAUCUCAGACCCGCGCAUCUUCACGCCGGAGAUCUCGGAGCAUCUCCUUGCCAUGUCCAAGAUUGCCAAGGACUGCAUGCAGCUGCCGGGCAAGGAGCGGCCAGAGAUGGUGGAUGUGGCGCGCAUGCUGCGAGAUGUGAGGCGCCGUGCCUUUGGUGUGGGGGCGGAGGAGAUUCAGCUCGAUGAGGUGCCCGCCUCGCCCCUCGCCUCGCUCUACUCGUACCACCAUUCACAGCCAGCCUCUGGCUACGGCACAGACUCGUACAUAGAGUUCUCUGGACCUGUUCCCAAGUAA